CCUCCGCUUUCCUCUCUCUCUUCCCCGGGCUGUCUGCGAAGUAGGCAGACACAUCUUACCGGUACCAUGCCUGCACUUCGGCCUCUCAUCAAACCUAAGAUCGUUAAAAAGAGGACAAAGAAGUUCAUCCGUCACCAGUCAGAUCGCUAUGUCAAGAUUAAGCGUAACUGGCGUAAGCCCAGAGGUAUCGACAACAGAGUCCGUAGGCGAUUCAAGGGACAGAUUCUGAUGCCCAACAUUGGUUAUGGUAGCAACAAGAAAACCAAACACAUGCUGCCUUCAGGGUUCAGGAAGUUCUUGGUGCACAAUGUAAAAGAGCUUGAGGUUCUCAUGAUGAGCAACAAGUCUUUCUGUGCAGAAAUCGCUCACAAUGUCUCCUCUAAAAAACGCAAAACUAUUGUGGAAAGAGCAGCUCAACUAGCCAUCAAAGUCACAAACCCCAACGCCAGACUGCGCAGCGAGGAGAACGAAUAAACACUGGUUCUGUGCUUUGUUCAAUAAAAAAAAAUUAAAAUCUAAAAAAAAAAUAAAAUAAAAA